AUGAAAUCAUUUGGGUGCAAGUUUAUGUUAUCAAUAUUUGUAAUUGUGAAACUUUUUCAAACUUAUGAUGGAUCGGAGAUGAAGAAUCAACAACAAAAGGCGACUUACAUUGUUCAUAUGGACAAGUCACAUAUGCCGGCAAGCUUUAGUGACCACCUCCAAUGGUACGAGGCUUCUCUAAAACUGGUAUCUGAGUCAACUAAGAUGCUUUACACCUACAACAACGUGAUCCAUGGCUUCUCUACUCAACUAACUACAGAGGAAGCUAAGUUACUGAAAGGACAACCCGGUGUCCUCUCCAUCUUACCUGAGGUAAAAUAUGAGCUCCUCACGACCCGAACACCAGAGUUUCUUGGGAUAACUGGGAACGAUACUGAUCAUUCGUCCUUGCCAAAUUGUGAUGCUGUUAGUCGGGUGAUUAUUGGGUUAUUAGAUACAGGGGUGUGGCCCGAAAGCAAGAGUUUUUCAGAUAAUGGACUUGGCCCCGUACCAAUUGGUUGGAAAGGCCAAUGUGAAACGGGUCCGAACUUCAACUCAUCAAGCUGUAAUCGGAAAUUGAUCGGCGCAAGGUUCUUCUCAAAAGGGUUUGAAGCAUCGAAUCAACCGAGAAAGAGUGAAUCUAUAUCGCCGAGAGACGAUCAAGGCCAUGGAACUCACACCGCAUCCACAGCAGCUGGGUCAAUGGUUGCUGGUGCUAAUCUUUUUGGCAAUGCCCCUGGGAGAGCACAAGGGAUGGCAAAAUGCGCCCGAGUAGCCGCAUAUAAGGUAUGUUGGUCAGACGGUUGUUUCAGUACUGAUCUCCUGGCUGCAAUGGACAAGGCUGUGGAAGACGGCGUUCAUGUUAUGUCCUUGUCUUUUGGAGGAGGAGCAGUGGAGUACUUCCUGGACUCUGUUGCCCAGGGAUCUUUUGGAGCGGUAGGACAAGGUGUCUUCGUGUCAUGUGCCGCGGGAAAUGAUGGACCCGAUGAGGGAUCCGUGAUUAAUGUUGCUCCAUGGAUGACCACGGUAGGCGCUGGAACCUUGGAUCGCGACUUUCCUGUGAAUGUGUUCCUUGGGAACAAUAACAAUUUCUCUGGUGUGUCAAUUUGCAGCGGAAGGGGCUUGAUCGAUAAGCUUUACCCCCUUGUCUAUGCAGGCAAAGUGAAUACGAGCGUCGAUGGAAAUUUGUGCAUGAAGGGUGGUUUUGCUCCUGGCCAGUUAAAUGGAAGCAUUGUCGUUUGUGAUCGAGGCAAAAAUCCCAGAGCUCAAAAAGGUAUUGUGGUAAGAGAGGCUGGGGGCGUAGGAAUGAUUCUAGUGAACGAGGCGCUUAAUGAAGACGUACUUGCCGAUGCACACUUAGUGCCUACCGCAGCGGUGGACCAAAGAACUGGCGAUUUAAUAAAGAAUUACAUCAACUCCACUGCUAACCCAAAGGCUGCAAUCCUUUGCCGAGGGACGCGGCUUGGCGUUCAACCGUCGCCGGUUGUAGCAUCAUUUAGUUCGAGAGGUCCGAACUGGAUCACGCCGAAAAUUCUCAAACCCGACGUUAUCGCCCCAGGUGUCAACAUAAUAGCCGGCUGGACCGGUACGAUUGGACCCACAGGGAUAGAGGGUGACACUAGAAAGGUGGAAUUCAACAUAAUAUCUGGUACAUCAAUGUCUUGCCCGCAUGUAAGCGGGUUAGCGGCUCUCGUUAAGGCGGCAAACCCCAGCUGGAGCCCUGCAGCCAUCAGGUCCGCUCUCAUGACGACGGCCUACACCACGUACAAAAAUGGGGGAACCGUCGAAGACUUCACAGGGAGUCCAUCGACUUCGCUCGAGUUGGGUGCUGGGCAUGUGAAUAUCCUAUCGGCUUUGGAUCCUGGCUUGGUCUAUGAUGCACGCGCUGAAGACUACUUGGCUUUCCUUUGUGCCUUGAACUACAACUCGUAUACGAUUCAACUGUUCAGCAGUGCAGCAAAAAUAGCCAACUUCAAGUGUGAUGGAAGCAAGAAAUAUAACGUGGAGGAUCUAAAUUAUCCGUCCUUUUCAGUUCAUAAUGAAGCUUACUACAGACCUGAAGUUUUUAAGUACCUAAGAACUGUCACUAAUGUUGGCAAUUCAGUGGCGACGUACAAGGUUUCAGUGUCCACCCAGAUGGGCGCGUCAGUGAGGAUCUCUGUUGAGCCUGACACGUUAAAUUUUACUCAAUUGAAUCAGAAGAAGAAUUAUACGGUGACAUUCAACUGUAAUGCCAUGCCUUACGGUACGUAUGGAUUUGCAAGUCUGGAAUGGACAGACGGAAAACAUAAAGUUCGCAGUCCGAUUACUGUGUUGUGGGUAUGA